UGUGUGGAAUACGCCGCGUUUAGUUUCAGUUGGAAUUGUUGACUAGCUUAAGAAUUUUAAGGUAUUGUCAACAAUGUAUAUCAGGACAGUAGCAAUACUGCUUGGCUGCCUGUUGCUCUGCAACACAGCCGAAGCCUGGCACUCGGAGGAGCUGGAAAUUUUCGAUCUUGUCGAAGAAAUUAAUAAAAAUUUCUACGAGUUUAUGAACAUCAACCAGAAUGCCACGAACAAUGAAAUUAAACGCGCUUUUCGUACACUGUCCAUUCAGCUGCAUCCGGAUAAGAAUCCAUCGGAGGAUGCGAACAUACAGUUCCGUAAUCUAGUGUCCAUCUAUGAAGUGCUCAAGGAUGCAUCGAAGCGGGAGAAAUACGACAAAGUCUUGCGCGAUGGAAUGCCAAAUUGGAAAUCCGCAUUGUAUUAUUAUCGUCGCAUGCGCAAAAUUGGUUUGUAUGAGGGCGCCUUCAUACUGUUCCUCAUUAUCACCGUCGGACAGUAUUUGUUCGCCUGGGCGGCAUAUUUGGAAAAGAAAUAUACCGCGGAGCAAGUUUUCGGAACCAAAUUGAAGAAACUACAGAAGAAAAACAAGAAUAUUGAUAUGGAUGUCAUACUUAGUGAGAUACCAAUGCCGUCUCUCAUCAAUACAUUGCCCUUCCAAAUACCGUUGGCCAUCUGGAAUCUGCCGAAGACAAUCAUGAAUGGUUUCAGUAAAGCAAAUGAGUUCAAGGAACUGGCCUUGGAAAAACGCAGACAGGAACUAGAGGCGGCCCGACGGCAGGAGGAGCUCGAAAGGGAGGUGGAGGAACAGGCACGUUUGCGCAAGGAGCACAAAGAGAACUUGCGUAAACGAAAGCAAAACACUAAGGCGCCGGAAAAAACGGAGGAAGAGCUGCGCGGCUAUUCCCAGAUACAGGCUCGCGAGGUGACCGAAGACGAUGCUGUGCGUCCGGCUACUCAGAAGAGCACUGUUAGUGGCGGUUUUUGGACCGAUGAAGAUCUAGCCGAGCUGAUACGCUUGGUAAAGAAAUAUCCAGGCGGUGCUGGCAGUCGUUGGAACACCAUUGCCGAGUCCAUGAAUCGAACCGUACAGGAGGUCACAUUUAUGGCAGCCAAAAUGAAGGAAAAUGGCUAUCGCAUACCCGGCCAGACGGAAAGUGUGGCCGAGCACAUUGUGCAGGAAUCCCAAGAGACUGUGCGCAAGGAGAAGCUGAAAAAGGAGGCCGGUGCCGGCACGGGUGAGAAGAGCAUGCUCAUACCCGAAACGAAUUGGACGCAGGAGCAGCAACGUGCUUUGGAGGCGGCCAUUGUUAAGUAUCGUAAGACGGUUGGUGGUGGCGAUCGUUGGCAAAAGAUUGCCAACAGUGUGCCAGAAAAGACAAAAGAGGAAUGUCUGGUGCGGUACAAAUAUUUGUGCGAACUGGUUAAGUCACAAAAGAAGGCUGAAUUGGAGGCUGCGUCGGCUAAUGCAAGCACAGACGCCACUCCAACCCAAGUCGAGCCAACAGUUGCCAGUGCCGAUGUCGAGGUGUUGGCCGAGAUCGAGCCUGAGCCCGAGGCGGCGCCAACGUCGAAAAAGUUAAGCAAACGCGAAAAACGUCGACGCAAACGGGAUCUGUCCAGCGGCGAAGACUCGGAUGAUGCAUAUCAGUAUGAAAUAAGUUAGCUUACACGUUCCCCACUUCCGUCCCCCCAUGGGCCCAAUGCGAAGCCCUGAUUAGCCACUACUACUACGUAAAGAAUAAACUGUUUAUUCAUCGGUUUGUUUUUGUUUUUAAAUUAAACUGCCUCCUUCGAGGCAUUUCCUAAUACUAUAAGUUUGUAGCUGUUUUAAAUGUGCUUCAAAAUUUAACGUAAAUUAAAAAAUUUGGACAUGGUAAUUUGUAAUGUAAAA